AUGCAGUGGGCUUUUGCACUCCUUCUAGCUGCUGUUGCAACUGUUGAUGUCGUCGCACAGACAACAGGUCAACAAGUGGAAAUCCUUAUCGGUGCCGGGUGCAAGUUUUCCAACUACUCAACACUGCCAAUAGCGAUUGGAAAAGAGCCUUCUUAUCUCCUCAAGCUCGACCCUGGGCUCGGGAAGGGCAUCUACCUACUGCAUUUCACGCAAUUCAAUCUACCAGAAACCGACGUACUGGUAUUGAGAGCGUCUAAUGAUCCGAUUACGACACCACCGGUGGCAAUACUAGCGGGGAAGAACGCAACGGGAACGUUUUACUCUACUGCGAUAUCGGGAGAUGGAGUGAAGCUGGAGCUUUUCAAGUCAUCAGUUCCGGACACGACCAAUUCGACUUCGUGUCGAGGCUUUGCCGUUGAUGGCCUGCUCUUUUCUCCGAAAGAGCUGGUAGAUGAGGCUCAGCAUCGGCAAGUAGCUGUCAAAGUGCCUUUGGCCAACCGUGCCAACAUGACAGACAGCGACGACGACGACGACAGCGUCAAUAAGGAAAGUGUCUGUGGCGCAGACGAAUCUGUAGAAGCUGCUUGUGCGCCCAGUGCUACGAACAGUGCGGAAGGAGCAGUCAUGCUGGCCAAGUCGCACUCCGUGGCUCGACUUUCAAUCAUCAAAGAGAAUGGCAUGUUAAUUGCAUACUGCACCGGCUGGCUGCUUGGUUGCGACGGCCACUUGAUCACGAACCAGCACUGUAUCGGCAGUACAGAAGACGCGAUCAAUACAAAGGUGGAGUUUUUCGCUCAAGCAACCAGGUCAGUUGGCGUGACGUCUACAACACUUGUAGCUGUGUCAGAAGCGUUAGAUUAUGCGGUGGUUCGACUUGAUAUCAACAAUAGUGUUGCAGAUUAUGCUGGCUUGUAUGAGAAGACGGGUGGCUAUCUGCAGCUCCGUGGCUCAGGAGCUGUCCUUGAAGAGAACAUCUACAUCCCGCAACAUCCGUUGGGGUAUGGCAAACGCAUCGCGUGGCUACAUAAUGGUCAACCUGGUCGUGUCGAGUCUCUCACCGUCACGGGAUGUCGUAAAAACGACGUGGGUUACUACGUGGACACGCAAGAAGGGUCGUCAGGGUCGCCGAUUCUUGCCACGAGUGACAAUAAGGUCAUUGCGAUGCAUCACUGCGGCGAUUGCUUAAAUGGAGCUAUUCCAUCGCAAGCGAUUAUUGAGGAUCUCACCGCCAAAGGCGUUCUGCCGAAAUGCUCCGUCGCAGAAGAGAACAGUACAACUACAAGUGCUUAA